AUGUGUCGAUACCGUGUCGAAUGCAAACGAUUCGAUACCGUGUCGAUUGUGUCGAAUGUAUCGAAUUUGUCGAUACCGUGUCGAAUGUAUCGAAUGUGUCGAUACCGUGUCGAAUGUGUCGAAUUUGUCGAAUUUGUCGAUACCGUGUCGAUUGUGUCGAAUGUGUCGAUAACGUGUCGAAUGUAUCGAAUGUAUCGAAUGUGUCGAUACCGUGUCGAAUGUAUCGAAUGUAUCGAAUGUGUCGAUACCGUGUCGAUACCGUGUCGAAUGUAUCGAAUGUAUCGAAUGUGUCGAAUGUAUCGAAUGUGUCGAAUUUGUCGAAUUUGUCGAUACCGUGUCGAAUGCAAACGAUUCGAUACCAUGUCGAUUGUGUCGAAUGUGUCGAUAACGUGUCGAAUGUGUCGAUACCGUGUCGAAUGUAUCGAAUGUGUCGAUACCGUGUCGAAUGUAUCGAAUGUAUCGAAUGUGUCGACACCGUGUCGAAUGUGUCGAAUUUGUCGAAUUUGUCGAUACCGUGUCGAUUGUGUCGAUAACGUGUCGAAUGUAUCGAAUGUAUCGAAUGUGUCGAAUUUGUCGAUACCGUGUCGAAUGUAUCGAAUCCAGACGAUUCGAUACAGUGUCGAUACAAUGUUGAACUUGGGUUAUUCGACACGGUGUCAACGUCGAAUUAAAAUGAUAUCACUAGAUAUAUAA